CAUUGUCCAUCUCCCUCCGGUUUGCGUGUUCUUUACUACGUCCGUAACGGGCAUGGCCAUAUUACCUCUGUAAUCGUAUAAGCUUAUCACUACUAGCCCAUAGAUUCGAGCCAUCAUAAGGUGCGCCGGUAUCGUCGAAUUCAUCGCGCGACGCGGAUCAAUAGACAGCUACUCUCCGUGAGUUUGCGACUUCAUCUUUGAACGACGCUCUAUCUUGAACUAUGCAACCGGAGCAGAAACUUUCCGUGACGCAGUGGAACAAUCCUUGCGACAGCUGCUCGAUUCGUAGGGUCAAGUGUGAUCGCCAGUCACCCUGCAAGGCAUGCAAAUCACGAUCACAACUAUGCACCUAUUUCAAAGUCCGCAAAAAGCCCGGGCCUAAAGGUCCCCGGCCUUUGACGAGCAAUAAGAUACGAGAGCUUCAGCAGAAGCAGCAACAACAACAAAGACACAGAAAUGCAAUUCAUACAUCACCAACACAUCCGCCACCGCUGGCCCCAACCAGUGGUGAGCCGGCAAGUCUCGCAAGCAGUCCUAUGGUCCCUCUUGCCGCUUAUUGUGCUACGUUGGACUUGUUUAGGGCAAGGCUGUACAGUGUCUGGCCGAUUGUGUCGAUAGAUGAAUUAAAAGCUCGGAUGACCUCGCCAGAUAUCGAAGCAGAUCCAUCCUCGCAUGCGCUGGCCGCUGCGACAUGUGCCGCCACACUCGCACAACUGAAAGUACCACACGCUGGCUUCAACGAAAACCUGAGACCAGUAUCAGCCGAAGGGUUCGCCAAAGAGUGUUUAAUGGUUCGAGCCAAUGUGUCAAGCUGUCCAGAGCCCUCUCUGGCAUCAUUGAUUACCUCAAUCUUCCUACACAUGUUUUAUGCAAAUACGGGGCAUAUCACAGCUGCAACAUUAUCACUCCGUGAGGCUAUCGCCUAUGCCGAUAUCACCAGUCUUUCUACCGAUAUUACGUCGGAUAAAUAUGACCAGACAGAGCGGGAACUACGUUCGAGGAUAUAUUGGAUUCUCUUCGUUACAGAAAGAACAUAUUGCAUGCAACAUGGCUUGCCACUUACUUUGCAGAAGACUACCUAUAUUCCCAGCAACCAAGAAGGAGAGUCCAACAUCGAGGGUCAUGCUGCAUUAUAUCUACUCGCUAGGUUGUUUGUUCACAUUCAACCCCCUUUAUUGCAAAUGCAUUCCAACCUGCUAGAAAUAACACCUGCUGCCUACUCAGCCACGCAUAUACUUGAUGUGCAGAGUCAAAUUGAGCCAUUAUCUGUUAAGCCUACUUGCGUUUCCGAAAGCCAAUGUGUGGACAUUCUUACCACAUCCGCAUGGCUUCGGUCCUUAUUGUGGCAGUACUCUGCUGCUCAUUUCAUGCUCUCAUCUACAGCUAAAAACGAGCCCUUGUCUCUCGAUUAUCCUUUUGUUAUCGCACGGGACUUUCUUCAAUCAUUAUCCGGUAUCUCCAUCGAAUCGAUCAAGACACAUGGUUACGGAAUGGAAAUAAAAUUACUACAGAUAGCAAAUUCACUUCUCGACGUGAUUGCCUGCGUACCAGACCCGCGCCAACGUCAGCUAUGCUGCCGUGAUCCACUCGACGCCGUCUCAGGCAUCGAGAGGCUGCUCUUAACAGUGGGUGGAGCCCAGUCGCCGCGUUUUAGUAUUCUACAAGAGCGAUUAUCUCAGAUUUACCCUCAACUGGACAUGCCAAAGAGCAUAGACUUUACCUUCGAGAAAGGGAGUUACGCUCCUAGUAGGGGUAGCGUCAGCAGCAGUAGUGAAGUUGACAAUUCGGAGUGCUCCAUAGUUGCAAAAACUGCUGUACAUGUGUCGGUUCAGCAGCAAAGCCCUUUGUUUCCUGAUAUCAAAGGCUCUAGUACAAGUGACUGGCCUUUAGAACAAAGAAUGCUUUCAAAGUACGAUGGUUUCUGUGAGCAUCGAAUCGUGGAUCUGGACUCUUAGGAAUCUAGCUAUAGUGUUUUGUUUCCUUCUAUUUUCUGCAUCAUAUUUAGCGUAGCGGGUUGGUUGAAGGGUCAAAACCAGGGAUUAAUUUACAUCGAUUGUCAUUUAUUUUGUUCUUGGAAAAUAUAUCUGCGCAAUUUCAUUGUGAAAUGAAGCCCGUUGAUGUACUACCUUUUCUUCCUCUUGACAUUAGGGCACAUUAGGGCUUUCGGUUAAGUAGGCUUUCAUUUUGCUAUAUUCCUCAAUACCAUCUGUCGAUUAGCGGCAUCACACUCUGAAGUAUCACAAGGGGUCAUACAGGUAACAUCAUUAUUGAUUAAGUGAGUGAAUGAUACCAGUUAACAGGGAAACAAUGCAGGUAUGAAAGAAUUUCCUUUGUUCUAUGUGGG